AUGGCAGGCCUCCACGCCCACCACCCACCCGCGGCUGGCCCAGCGCCGAAGCGCCAGAGAGUGCACGGCGACCAGCACCCAGCCUCGGCCCCGCUCGUCCGCCACUCCACCAUCUUCGCGCCCUUCCGAACCGUCGGCCUCGUGUCCCCCACCGCCGUCCCCUUCACCGCCCUCCCGCUCGGCAAGACGACGUUCCAGAUCACCACCUCGGUCGGCCGCUCGCUGCAGACGUACGACCUCAAGCGCGGCCUGAACCUCGUCUUCGUCACCCGCCCGCAGACCCCAGACCACAUCACCGCCACCCUGGCGUGGAAGAAGCUCGUCCUCGCCGCCUGGGGCUCCGCGCCCGCCGAGUCCGGCGUCUGGCUCUUCCAGCGCGGAAAGAAGCUGGCCGAGCUGGAGCUGCCGCCGGGUGGCAUCGACACCAUCACCCGCCUGGCCGUCAUGGGCGAGUGGAUCGUAGGCGGCGGCCCCACCCGAGUCGACGUCUGGAAGACGGCCACCCUCGAGCACUACACCACCCUGCAGGGCCCCGCCUCGAGCCGGCUGUCGGGCUGCAUCACCAACAUGCCCACCUACCUGAACAAGAUCUUCGUCGGCACCCAGGACGGCACCGUCGAGAUCUGGAACGUCAGCACCGGAAAGCUGCUCUACACCCUGCUGCCACCAGCCGCCGACUUUGGCGCCGUCACCGCCCUGCAGCCCACCCCGGCGCUGUCGCUCCUGGCCAUUGCCUACCAGUCGGGCCCUGUCGUCAUCCACGACAUCCGCGCAGACAGGGAGGCUCUGCGGCUCAACACCGCCGGCUCGCAGAAGCCCCCCGUCACCUCCAUCUCCUUCAGGACCGACGGCCUGGGUGCGGGCGAGCACGGCCGAGACGACGGUGUCAUGGCCACCGCCAGCCACGAGAGCGGAGACGUCACCUUCUGGGAUCUGAACAAAGGCGGCCGCAAGAUGGGCACCCUGCGCGGCGCCCACGCCCCUCCUCCGUCUGCCAGCGGCGGUCUCGGCGGCGGCAUCAGCAAGAUCGAGUUCCUAGCCGGCCAGGCCGUCAUGGUCUCAAGUGGCCUCGACAACACCCUCAAGAGCUGGAUCUUUGACGAAUCCCCCUUCUCGCCCGUCCCCCGCAUCCUGCACCAGCGCGGUGGCCACGCGGCACCCGUCUCGACCCUGCGCUUCCUCCCUUCCAAUGCCGACGGCUCCGACGACACCGGCAAGUGGCUGCUCAGCGCAAGCAAGGACCGCAGCCUGUGGGGCUGGAGCCUGCGACGAGACGGCCAGAGCACAGAGCUCAGUCAGGGCGCCCUCCAGAGCAAGGCCAGGAAGAGGGGGCUGCUGCACGGUAGCUCCGACCCCUCCAAGCACCACGUCAAGUGGGAGCAUCUCAAGGCUCCGCCCGUCACCUGCAUGGCCUGUUCGCUCAACCGCGAUGGCGGCAUGGGCACGAUGCCUGGCGUCAACGCCAUCUGGACCAACGCGUCCAAGCUCAAGGGCGACGCCAAGAAAGCGACCGAGGUCAACAUGACUGGCUGGGAAAGCAUCGUCACCGGACACGGAGACAAGACAGCCAGGACCUGGUUCUGGGGCCGCAAGCGCGCCGGCAGAUGGGCUCUGGACACAGGCGACGGCACCGACGUGAAGAGCGUCGCCAUCUCACCAUGCGGUACGUUUGCGCUGAUCGGGUCCGCUGGUGGCGCCAUCGACAUGUACAACCUUCAAUCCGGCCAGCACCGACGCAGGUUCCCAGCUCGACUGACUCCGGCCGAGGCGAAAAAGCACAAGCUGCACCAGCUUCGGCUUGAGGAGUCGACAGCCUUGGAGACCGACGACGCCCCAAAGACAUUUGCCAGAGGCCAAGGCAAGCACAGAGGCGCCGUCACCGGUCUUGCCAUCGACAGCCUAAACAGGACGGUCAUCAGCUGUUCCGACGACGGCAAGGUAAAGUUCUGGAGCUUCGCAACCGGCACGCUCCUCCAUGAGAUCGACUGGCAUCCCAUGGUCAAGAUCCUGUCGCUCCGCUACCACCCCAACUCCGACCUCAUCGCGCUGUCCUGCGACGACGGCAGUCUACGCAUCCUCGACGCCACCACACGCAAGCUCGUCCGUGAGCUCUGGGCCACUCGCUCCAGCCCGGUCAUCACCACCAUCGACUACACCUUCUCCUCCGACGGUCGCUGGAUCCUAUCCGCGUCUUCCGACUCCACGGUACGCGUCUGGGAUCUACCUACUGGCCACCUGAUCGAUGCCAUGCGUCUCCCCAAGCCCGUCAACACCGUUGCUUUCUCGCCAGCGGGUGACUUUUUGGCCACCGGCUUGGAGGGCGAGGUCGGCGUGCAUAUCUGGACGAACCGCUCUCUCUUCACACACGUCCCGACACGCCAAAUCUCCGACGCUGACGUCGCGACCGUGUCUGCGCCCACAGCAAGCGGCGAGGGCGGCGAGAACAUCAUCGACGCGGCUGGAGAGGAGAGCGAGGACGACGACCAAGAAAAAGGCGCGACGGCCGUGCCGGUCAUGGACCAACUGAGCGACAAGAUCACGACGCUGAGUCUGGUGCCCAAGAGCCGAUGGCAAACGCUGCUUCACCUCGACGUGAUCCGCGCGCGCAACAAGCCCAAAGAAGCGCCCAAAGCGCCCGAACACGCCCCCUUCUUCCUCCCCGCCGUGGGCGAGAAAUCCGCUCGGACACCACUCGACGCCGACGCCGACGCCGAAGCCGGCUCGCGCAUCUCCAGCAGCGCACUGGCGAGCCGCUCAACAGCCGCCACCUCGACAUCCGACUUCACCAGGCUGCUCGAGCGCGCUGAGCAAACGGCCGAACACACGCCCCUGCUCGCCUACCUCGCCUCCCUCCCGCCCUCGGCCGCAGACAUCGCCCUCCGCACCCUCGACACCACGGCCCCCUACACGGAGCUGCGGACCUUUGUCGCCGCGCUCACGGCGCGGCUGCAGCAGAGGCGCGACUACGAGCUCGUGCAGGCGUGGAUGAGCGUCUUCCUCCGUCUGCACGGCGACGUGGUUGUGCGCGAUCAAGGGCUGAUUGCGCAGUUGCGCACCUGGCAGGAGGAGUCGAAGCGUGAGCGUGACCGUGUGGGCGGGCUGGUCGGGUACAGUGCCGGCGUUGUCGGGUGGGUGAGGAGUGCGCGGUAG